CAGCACUGAUUACAGACAGCAGACGGGGUGAAAGGACCAUCAUCCCGCUAAGCACCCGGCUCACUCAAUCACCAUUGGAGUACUUGACACAGCUGGGCAAGUUGCUAUAAGGGUUCGAGCUACAUACAGUCUAUUUUGGUCCUGCUGUCGGAUGACUAUGUCACCUAGCACAAGUGGCAAUGCAGACGAGGGGAAACAGGUUGCUGAAGUGGGCUGCAAAAGUAUGUCAGGGGCGGAUAAGGACGAGGAACCUGCUUACAGACUCUACUUCUAUUCUGCGUCCUUUCAGCGGUCAAACAGCCAUGACAAGGUGAGGAAGAUUGUGGCAGAAGAGGGCCGUGCUGCUCGAAAUCUCAUCGCCUGGAGUGUUCCUCUGGAGAACAAAGAGGAGGAAGGGAAGUCCAAGACCCAUACAAACACCAAUUUGAGGAAUCAGAGAAAUAACUCUGGACUGCAUAGGAAUAAGAAACAGAAUACAGGCCUGGACAGCAAGAGCACAGCCGGGGCCUUGCUUGACAAGGGAGCAGAAAAGAGCCCUUCCAAAGCCAGGCAGCCGCGCAAGGUGGACCUGCGAGCACGAUACUGGGCCUUCCUCUUCGACAACCUGCGGCGGGCCGUUGACGAGAUCUAUGUCACCUGUGAAUCUGAUCAGAGUGUGGUGGAGUGUAAGGAGGUGCUGAUGAUGUUGGACAACUAUGUGCGGGACUUUAAAGCUCUGAUCGACUGGAUCCAGCUGCAGGAGAAGUUGGAGAAAACAGAUGCCCAGAACAGACCCACGUCUUUGGCAUGGGAAGUGCGUAAGAUGUCCCCAGGUCGUCAUGUGAUGCCCAGCCCGUCAUCUGACAGGAUCGUCCCCUCUCCUAGUGCUCGCCGUGCCCUCAACUUUGGUGGUCCUCCACCCACACUGGCCGUAGCUCGUCUGUCCCACACAGGCCCCAGCUGGGCUGACCGGGUCAAGUCCUCCCAGUCCCUUCCUGUCCCCAGCCAAGUCAACAACUGUCCCGCAGAGAAACCAGGUAAGAAGGACUCUGAGGGCUGGGAGACAGUCCAGCGUGGGCGUCCUGCACGGCCUCGCUCUGCCGCCAUCGUAGCCAAGGUCAGCCCGGUCCUGGCCCACAUCAGCCCUAAAGACGACAGCAACAAGGAGAACCAGCAGCUCCCUGGCAAGCCCUGCCCCAUGAACGAAGACGAGGGUCAAUGUGAACAGCCAAUCCCUGAGGAGCCCGACUCCCUGGAGGAAACGACGCCGUGUGUCCAGCCCCAGUCCAUGGCAGAGGUCCUGGCAAAGAAGGAGGAACUGGCUGACCGUCUGGAGAAGGCUAACGAGGAGGCUAUCGCCAGCGCCAUCGCUGAAGAGGAACAGCUGACCAGAGAGAUCCAGGCUGAGAACAACGACCUGGAGACUGACAACGAGAGUGACUUCUCUGCCAGCAUUGGCAGUGGAGGUGGAUUCAACAUGGAUUGGAGUGACAUGUUAGCCGACUAUGAUGCGCGGGAGCCGUGGCGUCAGAGCACCUCCUGGGGGGACAUCGUGGAGGAGGAGCCUUCCAGACCGCCUGGCCAUGGAAUCCACAUGCACGAGAAACUGUCCUCCCCAUCUCGCAAAAGGUGAGACGCGCACACACACUCUCAUUCUAAGAAGAAACAUGAAGAGAAGCAGCUGAAGGCCCAGCAGCUCCGAGAAAAACUGCGGGAUGAGAAGACCCACAAACUGCAGAAGCUACUGGAGAGGGAGAAGGAGGUCAGGAAAUGGAAGGAGGAGUUGUUGGACCAGAGGCGGAGGAUGAUGGAGGAGAAGUUACUCCAUGCAGAGUUCAAGCGGGAGCUGCAGCUCCAGGCCAUAGUGAAGAAGGCUCAGGAGGAGGAUGCCAAGGUGAAUGAGAUAGCAUUCAUCAACACUCUGGAAGCCCAGAACAAGAGGCACGACGUGCUGGCCAAGCUGAACGAGUACGAGCAGCGCCUCAACGAGCUGCAGGAGGAGAGAGGCAGGAGACAGGAGGAGAAGCAGGCCAGAGACGAGGCUGUACAGGAGCGUAAGCGGGCUCUGGAGGCAGAACGGCAGGCGCGGGUGGAGGAGCUGCUUAUGAGGAGGAAGGAGCAGGAGGCACGAAUCGAGCAGCAGAAGCAGGAGAAAUAGAGGGCCAGGGAGGACGCUGCACGAGAGAGGGCCAGAGACCGAGAGGAGCGUCUGGCUGCCCUCAGCGCUGCUCAACAGGAGGCCAUGGAGGAACUGCAGAAGAAGAUUCAGAUGAAGCAUGAUGAGAGCAGUCGCAGGCACAUGGAGCAGAUUGAACAGAGGAAGGAGAAGGCAGCAGAACUCAGCAGUGGCAGACAUGCAAACACUGACUAUGCCCCCAAACUGACACCGUAUGAGCGCAAGAAACAGUGCUCCUUGUGCAAUGUUGUGAUCACCACGGAGGUGCACCUGUACAGCCACACCAAGGGCAAGAGGCACCAGCAGGCUGUGAGAGACAGCAGCAGUAUCCAGGGACGGGAGCUCUCGGAUGAGGAAGUGGAGCAUCUUUCCUUAAAGAAGUACAUAGCGGACAUUGUGACGGACAGCACUGUCUCCUCGGAGAGUGUGAAGGACGGAGAGGAGAGGCAGAAGGCACGCAAGAAGGCAAAGAAGCUCCGCACACGAAUGAACUCCAGGGCAAAGGAGUAUGAGACGUCAAUGGAGGCAAAGACACAAGUCCCCGACUCCCCAUACAAGGCCAAGCUCCAGCGUCUGGUGAAGGACUUGUUCAAGCUACUCCAGGGCCAGGACAGUGGUCAGUGGGCCAACACCAGGGUGUCAGGCCUGGACAGAACCCUGGGAGAGAUCUCCCGCAUCCUGGAGAAACAGAACAAUGAAGAUCAAGUGGCAUUCCAGGUGGGAGGGGGACUUUCUGCUCUGGAACAGAUUCUGCAGGUCGUCACUGCAGCCUCCACCCCCACCGCAGUCUCACGCAUUCCAAUCAAGUCUCUAUGUGCUGCUAUAAACACCUACUAUCUGGCAUGCUCUCGCUGCCACCUCAACUGCACCUAUGUUCUCUUCAGCAACAAGAUAACCUUCCUCAUGGACCUGCUGCUACAUCAGCUCACACUGUUCGUCCCAGAUGAAGACAAGUCCAUAUUUGGUCGCAGUGUGAACAAGCAGGUGUUUGAGGGACUGACCACCGGCCUGCUGCAGACCAGCACCACCGUCCUGAGCCUUCUCCGUCCCUAUGUACCUGACUGUGGCCGCGGGGACGCCCCUCGCAUCAUGUCACCAGACACCAAGACCUCCCUUAUAGAGCCCUUCAACACCCGUGCCCAGGACCUCAUCAGCUAUGUGGUAAACAUGGGUCUGAUUGACAAGCUGUAUGGCUGCUUCCUGUCUGUCCAGGGCCCGGUGGACGAGAGCCCCAAGAUGUCUGCCUUCCUCCAGCAGGCCACCGCUCUGCAGCACGCCAUGUGUAAGCUGUGCUUCGCUUUGACCGGCCGCUCUCCCAGUAUAUUCGAUAACAAGCGUGCAGACCCCACGGGCCUGACGGCCCUGCUGCAGUCCACAGACCUGGUGGGUGUGGUGCACACUCUGUACUGCAUCCUGCUCCACAGCUCCUCCCUGCCUGAGCCGGCUGCCCAGAGCCCACAGGACCCCUAUGCCCCAGGGGUCAUCCAGGUGGCCCUAACGGGCCUCCGCUUCCUCAACAGCUUCGCCCUGCUUGACCUGUCUGCCUUCCAGACUGUUCUAAGUGCAGAGGGGCUGUCCCUUGCCUUCCGCCACAUAGUGAGCUCCCUGCUGUGGUACUGCUCUCAGCACUCCUCUGAAGAGCUGCUGCAUGAAGUCAUCAUCUGUGUGGGCUACUUCACUGUCAACCACCCUGACAACCAGGUGAUAGUGCAGUCUGGCCGCCAGCCCAGCGUGCUGCAGAAACUGUGUCAGCUGCCCUUCCAGUACUUCAGCCACCCGCGCCUCAUCAAAGUGCUCUUCCCCUCCCUCAUCUCAGCCUGCUACAACAACCCCCAGAACAAGGUUAUCCUGCAGCAGGAGAUGAGCUGUGUGCUACUGGCAACCUUCAUACAGGACGGUGCCUCAAGUAAGAACCAUCCAGACAACAGAAUGCAUCAAGGAGACAAAGUCUCUCAGCCACUGGAUUACUGUGAGCUGUCCAACCGCUUUCCCAGAGACCAAUGGGACUCAGCACUGCAGUUCUUCCUCAAGAAGCAGGAGGACUAAUUCAGAGUUGCAUGCUGACCUCUAACACACACAUACACAUGAAAAACACUACAAAAUAGAACCAGACACUUCACCCUCCAUUCUACACUACAUACUUUCCCAUUUAGAUUUAAGGUCCGCAUAUGGCCUUAUUCUUUAGAAAUGCAGUCUCUUAGCCUUGCCAAAACUCUUGAAAUCCUAGAGGUCAAGGGCUGAAUCCUAACUUGAGAUGCGCAUGUCUAACUCAAAUGUUUGUGGAAGUCAUCCAUCGAUGUCCAUGGGAGAUUUGCACGAAAGUUUGAGUUGGAAGUGAGCAUCUUGUGUAUUCUUCUGUGAGUCACACACAAUAAUUAUGUUCCUUGUCCAACCUAGUCAUUUGCUUUUGUAUUAUGUUUCUAUUGGGGAUAGAAUGACAAUGUAACAGAAAAGAGCAGAGAUAAUCAAAAGCACUCUCAUAAUGGUUCAUUUACUUAACAUGUUCAUCAAUAAUACUGUGUACUUCCUGUUAAUUCUUUUAAUAUUUUCAUAUACAGUUAAGAUGUGAAUGACCUGAUCAGAAUGUUUUUUCCCUAUAGUUAUUUUACAGGCGUUGGGCAGUUUUGUACAUCAAUAUGUAAGUUACAUAGCCUGUAUGUGUUUAUGCUGUACAUUUAGAUUUGCUCUAGUAGGAGCUGUCCUGAUUUCAUGUACACAUGUUUCCCUUGUUCUUGCCUUUAUGUUGUGAAGAACUUACAAAAUAUUAUAAUUUAUUGAAUAAUUUACGUUUUUAUCCCAUUUAUAUAAAUGAUUUAUUAUUAUGCAUCA